AUGGCCGUGCAAUCGGUUGUGUUCACCUUGCUCUUGGGUGCAGUGUUACUGGCCACCUGCAACUUCACUCUCCCGGAACACUGUCUUCGAUUUCCGGGAUCGGGAUCUGGCAGCGUGUACCCCUCGGAAUCCCACGAUGACGGUUUCGAGAUCACAGUGAGGAGGUCCAUUGACGGGGCUAUGGUGGGCAACUGGUUCCAGCCGGAGAAGGAGUACAUCGUGACACUGAAGAAUCAGCUGCCGUUGAUGACUUUCGACGACUUUCUGCUGUGGCUCACGCCAAGUGAGCCAAUGACAAUGAACUCAGCACAUAGCCAGAAAACAAUCACCGACGACUGCGAUGUGAUGCCAGUGCGGUGUGUUGGGUCUUGGGUCCACACGGUGAGCAGUCGUCCCAGCGCCAGCCAACGGCUUCCGAGCAGCUCUGGUCAGUCACCAUGGCGACUGAGGCGUCGCAGUCGCUACGCCGGCCACGUGACGACACGCAGUCGACCCGGGUGCAUGGGGCUGGCCAUCGAGAAGUAUGGAGGCAGUCGCUCGCGCAUGACGAGGCAGCUGCCGCACGUUGUGGCCAUCUGGCGCACGCCCAGCACCAACACCUCAAACUGUGUCACCAUCCACGCAAUGGUCAAAAGUAGUACCUCUGUUUUGAAGGAAGUGGGUGAUUUAACAAAAACCUUGUGUCCAAGCGAAAUGCGUCCGAUGGAACCCGUGUUGUCAGAAAACCGAGGCUCAGUGGAUGCGGACGCAAUAGACCCAUCUAGGGAGUUUGACAGACCCGCGCCGGACCCAGUAGAAAUGCGUCCACGCGACAGCAUGCAGCCGAAGGACUGCUGCGCAUGCGGUACCGCCACAUACAAGCUCACCUUCCAGGGUGUGUGGAACAGCACAACACACCCCCAGGACUGGCCCUACAAGCACCCGAACCUGCUCCACUGGACGAAUCUCAUUGGCGCAAGUCACGCUCCCAGUUUUCAGAUCUACGCAAUUGGUCAAACCGCCAGCGCUGGUGUACAGUCGGUCUGCGCGUAUGGAGAUACAACAAUACUUCGUGAGGCCCUUUCAUUGGCUGCCUCCAAGGCUGAAGGCGCUGCAGGGGUACCGACCGGUAGCCAAUCAGCGACUACGGAUGUGAGCCCACUUCGAUCGCUCAUAACUACUCCCGGAAUGUGGGGUGAGGAGACGCUGAUGGAGGAGCGCUCCACGCUCUUCUCAGUGAACAGAACCCACCCGCUUGUCUCGAUGCUCACCAUGCUGGGCCCAAGUCCUGAUUGGUGCACGGGCAUCUCCGGCCAGUCGUUGUGCAAGGCGGACUGCACCUGGGUGAACAACCUCACCCUCCACCUCUACCCCUGGGACGCAGGGAUACGGGAGGGGAACACUUACAUGCCAAAGGAAUCAGACAGACGGGAAAUACCCGACCCGAUUCGAUACAUCGACGAGAGCUGGAUGCCUGGCAACCCGUUUCGUGAAAGAAAGCCCGUUGCGGUUGUUAAAAUACAACGCGUUCGCCCGAAAUACGACUGGGCGUGCACAAACACCGAUGAAGACGGCGUCCAGCUUUUCAAAAUGGGUGGAGGCAUCUACGUGACUGGCAAAAAGAACGACAAGGAAUCAGACGAGUCCAGUCUAAAGGAAAAGGCCCGCGAACAGCGUUGUACAACAAUUACUGCGGGCAAACAGAAGGGCAAGCGGACCAAGUCGGUGGGUUUCGGCGGGCCCGGAGCGAGCGGAACAAUCGGCAGCAACAACCCCCUCUCGGACCCCAGCCUGGCCCAGAUGGCGACGUUCUUGUGCAUCACCGACGAGUGGUCGGCGUGGUCGGCCUGCUCCGUCACCUGCGGCGUCGGUACGAAGACGCGCACUCGCCGCCUCAUCGCCAACAAGAAGCCCGAAUUGUGCCAGCACGUCCCGCUUGUCAUGGAGGAGUCAUGCGAGGGUCGAAAACGGACGUGCGAUUACAGCGCGCCGUGCAGUCUCCUGCCCUGGACCCUGUGGUCGCCCUGCACCGGCACCUGUGACUCCCCGCGGGGCCACCGAAGCCGGAAACGAGCCCUCGCUCGUCCGGAAGAGGCUGCGCAGUGCGGGCAUCUGUGGGAGGGCAGGAACCAGGAGGGUCGGGAGCAAGGCAUCAUGUCCGAGGUGGAAGAGUGCCAGGUCCCCUCUGAGACGUGCGAACCAGCGACUAUUUGUGGCGAGGGUCCCAAACAGGGCUACCCCUGCGGCCCAAAGCUUCGGCGCUUCUACUACAGUGCUAUAGACCACGAAUGCCUUGAGUUUGAGUAUCUUGGAUGCAAGGGCGGGAGGAACAUGUUCGAGACAAAGCAGGACUGCGAGAAGCUCUGUAUUCCGGCAGUUGAAGCCCUGCCGGCGUGGCGACGCGAGAGGAUGGGUCUGUUGCAGUUCAAGACCUCGCAGCUGACCUCGUCCUCGCCUGACGACCUCGAGGACAGCCUCAAGCGCGACCCGGUGUGCUACUACGAGGUUAACACCGGCUACGAGUGUGACCCGCCAAAGGAACUCGGGAAUUACUGGUAUUUCUGUUCACGGACCAACCGUUGUCGCGAUUUCUUCUACCUGGGAUGCGGUGGAACUCCGAAUCGCUUCGCCAAUCACACCGCCUGCAUGGCGGCCUGCAUGCCGAAUGAGCUGCGUCAUUCGCAGCUGCUGGCCAAGGUGCGUUCGGCCACGGCGUCACGAAAGGCCGCAGCCAACGCGACCGACGCCGACGAGGAGGCGCCAGACGGUCUGGAAGUGGGCGUGAGUCCCAGACAGGACUGCCGCGUAACGCAGUGGGGUGCGUGGGGCCCGUGCUCUGUCCGCUGCAGCAGCCAGCGAGGCCAACAGAUCCGUCUGCGGGCCAUUGAGAGACCCUCGCGCUAUGGCGGCGAGGCAUGCGGCCCUCUGUACGAAAGGCGCAGCUGCUACGGCGCCGACGCCUCGUGCUAA